AUGGCUGCCAACGGAGGCGGGUACCGGGCGGAGGACGACUACGACUACCUCUUCAAGGUGGUGCUCAUCGGCGACUCCGGCGUCGGCAAGUCCAACCUCCUCUCCCGCUUCACCAAGAACGAGUUCAGCCUCGAGUCCAAGUCCACCAUCGGCGUCGAGUUCGCCACCCGCAGUCUCCAGGUCGACGGCAAGGUCAUCAAGGCCCAGAUUUGGGACACCGCCGGCCAGGAGAGGUACCGUGCUAUCACAAGCGCCUAUUACCGAGGAGCUGUAGGGGCAUUACUUGUGUAUGAUGUCACCCGCCGUGCUACAUUUGACAACGCGGGCCGUUGGCUAAGGGAGCUCAGAGACCACACUGACCAAAGCAUCGUUGUGAUGCUGAUUGGCAACAAGUCUGAUCUCCGACACUUGGUGGCCGUCUCAACUGAGGACGCGAAGGAGUUUGCCGAGGCCGAGUCCAUGUACUUCAUGGAAACAUCUGCCCUCGACGCCACCAACGUGGACAACGCGUUCUCAGAGGUGCUGACCCAGAUAUACCAGAUCGUGAGCAAGAAGACGGUGGAGGCACCAGAGGAAGGCGCGGCUGGCCCAGGCAAAGGGGAGAAGAUAAACGUGAAGGAUGACGUGUCUGCGAUGAAGAGAGUUGGGUGCUGCUCAAAUUGA